ACACACACGUAAGGUAACGUAGUCCCCUCACGUAAUUUUCAUUCAGGCAGCAUUUGAAUAAGGAAGAUGGCGGCUGCAGCAGUGGUUGAGUUUCAGAGAGCCCAGUCUCUCAUUAGCACGGACCGCAACGCCUCUAUCGACAUUCUCCACUCAAUAGUGAGGAGAGAUAUCCAGGAGAACGAUGAGGAAGCUGUCAGGGUUAAAGAGCAGAGCAUCCUGGAGCUGGGGACGCUGCUGGCCAAGACGGGACAGGCUGCCGAACUAGGUGGGCUGCUGAAAUUUGUGAGGCCUUUCCUGAUUUCCAUCAGCAAGGCGAAGGCGGCCCGGCUGGUCCGCUCUCUGCUGGAUCUCUUUCUGGACAUGGAGGCAGCGACAGGACAGGAGGUGGAGCUGUGUCUUGAGUGCAUUGAAUGGGCCAAGACAGAGAAGAGAACCUUCCUACGACAGGCUCUGGAGGCUCGACUGAUCGCACUCUAUUUUGACACCAAAAGAUACCCGGAGGCCUUGGCACUUGGCACCCAGUUGCUCCUGGAGCUGAAGAAGAUGGAUGACAAAGCUCUGCUGGUGGAGGUGCAGCUGCUGGAGAGUAAGACGUACCAUGCUCUCAGUAACCUGCCCAAGGCCCGCGCUGCCCUCACCUCAGCCAGGACCACUGCCAACGGCAUCUACUGCCCCCCCAAGCUCCAGGCCGCUCUGGACAUGCAGUCAGGGAUCAUCCACGCAGCUGAGGAGAAGGACUGGAAGACUGCUUACUCCUACUUCUUUGAGGCCUUCGAGGGCUACGACUCCAUCAACAGCCCCAGAGCCGUCAUAUCACUCAAAUACAUGCUUCUGUGCAAAAUUGUCCUCCAAGCCCCAGAGGAGGUUCCAGCUCUGAUCAGUGGUAAACUGGGCCUGCGAUAUACCGGCCGACAGACGGAUGCACUGAAGUGUGUGGCCCAGGCCUGCAAGAACAGAUCAUUAGCAGACUUUGAAAAGGCCCUCACAGAGUACAGAGCCGAGCUGAGGGACGACCCCAUCAUCACCACUCACCUGGCCACGCUGUACGACAACCUGCUGGAGCAGAACCUCAUCCGAGUCAUUGAACCCUUCUCCAGAGUACAGAUAGAACACAUAUCCGGUCUUAUCAAACUGUCUAAGGGGGAUGUUGAGAGGAAAUUAUCGCAGAUGAUUCUGGAUACAAAGUUUCACGGAAUCCUGGACCAAGGAGAAGGGGUCUUGAUCAUUUUCGACGAGCCCCCUGUGGACAAAACAUACGGAGCGGCAUUGGAAACAAUUCAGAACAUGAGCAAAGUUGUGGAUUCACUUUACAACAAAGCCAAGAAGUUGACAUAGAGCAGAUAGCCACGGCAGUGCGAUGGAGGGACAGUGUGUGUUUGACCAGCGUGUGUAACAUUUUAAGAAGGGGGACAAGGGAGCGCGACAAAAGGGUCCCACAAACUGCAUCAAACAGGAUUCCCCCAUCAAACUCCCCCUUCCUCUCCCCUCAAUGGACAAUUUCAUCACUUCUCUUGUUUGUUUUCUUCCUCUUUAAUUUUGAUAUCUCUUCAGGAUUCUGUAUAACACUCAGCGGCCAAAUCAGGCCAUCAGGGAAUAUUGUACAACCACAAUAAAAAGAUAAAAAAGGUUUAAGAAUACUAUACGUUUAUAUCUGCUUUAAGGUCGGGCUAACUAGCCUUAAGCUGACUCCACUGCAGCCUCCAAGAUGCAUCGCUGACCUCUGCGGCUCAGACUCUGCUAACAACUGAAAACCAGUCUUUCUUCUUCUUCUCCAGUACUUUCAGAAGCACACUGCUCAGAUUUUAAAAGGUUGGGAUACUCCUUGGAAUACUGAAUUUUGGUCGAAGAGCGCCCCCUCAUUUAUUACUUUUUCCUUUCCAUAUCAAUGCCAACAGUUAAGUCACCACUGUAUUUCAGAUAUGUAUUAAACUCACUUUAUUUGUUUUCCGUGUUUUUGUUUUAAGAAAAAAAUAAUUUGGAUAGUUGCCACAUGCCCGCUCACCCUGGUUAUGUUAGUCUUAAGAUCAGACAGGAUGCCAUUUCACCACCAGUGCCACUUUCUGGGCGCUUCUGUUUUGCCUCAGUGUUUGGGUGCAAUCUGAAGAGGUGGAGAUGUAUUCAUUGCCUCUGAGUUCCCCCUGAGUGAGCAAUUCUCCAUUAUUAGUUCCUAGCACUAGUGUGGAAUGCUAGUAACCAAACAAUUUGUAUGGGUUUGAUUUGAAUUUUUUUUUUUUUAUGUUUAACUCUUAUAAAGACAUUUUCAAAAUAAAUAUUUUGUAUUUAA